GCCUCAAUAAGUUCCUCAGUCCAUCUCAGAUAAUAACAGCCUCGAUUUUCACCGAAUAUUGAUGUUCCAAUACAUAUAAAUAUAGCUUUUAUCAAGAAUUAUUAAUAAAAAUUUAUCAAAAUGUUUAGAAAUUCUGACUUUCUUAACGAAUAUAUCGCAUCAAACAGCUUGGCUUGAGAGGAAAUUUUCAAUGGAAAUACAUCAGACUCUAAAAGAAUUCCUAUAAACUUUAAGCAUACAGAAUCUCCAAGCUGAGAAAUAAUUUGAGACCACCAAAGAAAGAAGACUGACUGUAAUACAACCCAGCCAAUGUUAGAUAAGGAAACUGCAAAAUCUUCUUCAAAUAAUGAAGAAGUUAAAGAAGAUUUCAAGCGAAAUGCUUACUUCAGUGCACAAGAAUCACCAGGAAAAAUUUCGGAUAGGCUGGGUGACCCAAAAACCUCACAAAUUAUAAAAUCAGGUAACCCUAGCAACGAAGAUAACUUUUUUUGAGAAACUUUGAAAAAUUUCAAUCCUAAAUCAAGAUUAAUCUCUGAUGGGACCAUAGGAAACGAAACAAAGCUAAAAUUUGCUAAAAGAAUUAGGUUUAGUAAAAUUCAUGAUAGAGAAAUGUAUCAAAGGCUCAUAGAGUUAUGAGACCAGAGGAAUAUUGAAGUCUCCCAACUUUGUAGAACAAGCUCCUUGUUAGAUGAACUUCAUCGAGAAAUCAUCGAAACACUCGCAUCAGAGAUUCAUUGGCCUAUCCAGAAAUUGCCCAAACUUUUACAGAGAAUUAAAUAAGAUUGGAAUGAACAGCAACAACUUCACUGUUAGGGAUACAAAGCUGCUGAGAAAGCUGAUUAAUUCUCAGAAAUAAGGCUAAAUUACCAGUCGAUUUUACUAAAAUUUCACAUAAUUUCCCUGGAAAAUCUAUAGAAACACUUAAAGCUAAGUAUAAUGAAAAGUACAAGUCUGGAAGUCCUAAUAUCAUUGAUUAAGCAUUAGAAGCUCAUUGAGAAAAAUCGAGAGAGUCAUGAAGGAUUCAUAAGUUCUAAUAAAACCCAUUUUCACCAGC